CUUGCCGCCGCUCAUAAGGGACCAGCAUCCUCACCGGCAGCCCCCGUCUCUGCUGACUCAGUGCCUUAGCAGCAGCCCCUUCACCCUGACCGGCAGCACCCCGCAGCAGACGCGCCCUCCGCAGACGAACGCUCCCGCAGCUCCGCAGAAAUGGCCAACAUCGCAGUCGCUUACAAAGAGAAGAUGAAAGAGAUUUCGGUUCUCUCCCUCAUCUGCUCUUGUCUUUACCCCCAAAGCCGUAAAAAUGUGGCGAUGGGUGACUUCGAGGACCUGGACAUCAAGCCCAUCAACAAGCGAGCGUCUGGCCAGGCCUUCGAGGUGAUCCUGAAGACGCCCUCCCCCGUUUCUGAUGCAGCUCAUUGUAUCACCAGCCCCCCAAAGCGGGAUAUUUCCCUGGACGACAUCCAGAAGAAGCUGGAGGCUGCGGAGGACCGGAGGAGGUCUCAGGAGGCGCAGGUGCUGCGAGCACUGGCCGAGAAGCGAGAGCACGAGCGGGACGUGCUGAUGAAGGCCAUGGAGGAGAACAGCAACUUCAGUCGCAUGGCUGAGGAGAAGCUGCUGAUGAAGAUGGAGCAGAGCGAGGAGAACCGGCAGACCUACCUGGCCGCGCUCAUGGAUCGACUACAGGAGAAGGAGAAGCAUGCUCAGGAGGUGCGCAAAAACAAGCAGUUGAGAGAAGAAAUCCUCGCAUGAGAAGACCACAGGCAUCCUCUGAGCAUUCACUUCCACCCUGACCCUACCUAUCCCACAUCUCCAAGCCCCUAGUUAGUCCCCAUGUCUUCUGCUCUGGAGCCACCGCAGCAACAGUGGCAGGAGUGUGGGUUGAUUUAAAACAUGAAGAGGAGAAACCACCCUUCCCAACCACUUCACUACAAAAAAAAGGAAUGUUUUGGCCUCAUUUUAAGCAAAGAAAUUUUUGACAGUGGGUUUUUGUAAAUACUUCUUUUUUUGUUAUAUACAGCAGCGAAAGUAUUGAUUGCAGUGUGCCAUUUUUAUAUAUGUGUUUCCUCUCUUUGCAUAUGGAUGUAACCUUGUUUUCAUUUGAGCCUGAGAAUCUUUUCCGUUUCAGUUUCUCGUGUGGUUUAUGGCUUAGAUGUUUGUCGUGAGUUUGCCAGCUAGUUGAGUUCCGCUCACUCCUGUGAGAUAGAUGGUGAAUGUACUGCAGGAGAACACUAUAGCAUUUAUUGAGCCCGUCCUUCUCCGUCCGCUCUUCUCUCCACCUUGUACAUACACUGGUUGACAGGUAUUUAGCCAAACAUAGCACAGAGCUCAUUGCCAAAAUCCACUUGGAUCCAGAAAGCUCACUCAUCAUCAGAGCAGUUGUAGGGCUUCUAACUUCACGUCUUCAUCUUACUGUACUGUGUAAUAAAACUAAGGUCAAAGUGCAUACUCUUCAUACUCACCGUUACUGUGAAUUAAAUCCAUUAAAAAAAGACAAAAAAAAGAAAAAAAAAACAAUGACAUAACACUCAUAUUUCUGAAGAUAAUUUUCUGCUGCAUAUAAUGGGAUCACGGUUGCCGGACUAAGCCAGGCACACACGUUUCGUCGGUGUUUAAUGCUGCGUUCAAAGCCCCUCACGUAUUCUCGGACAAUUGGACGCAAAUGUAAAAGUUUUUAUUUUUGCUUUGAACGCAGCAUUAGACCAGCUCUUAUCAUUGCACCGCCGCAUCUGCUGAAGUCAUAUUUGAGAGUCAUCUAAGAGGAUUCACGAUGGCAGUCUUGUCACUCAUUGAGGGAACAGUGCUGAGAGACGCUCGAGCACAGGAGGUCCGCAGAUGUGUGUGUGCGUUUUUAGAAAGGUGUGUGCCUGAUCUUGACUUGGUGGAUUAUAACUCAACAUCACUGAUAGACUUUCCUUCUUGACUCUUUCUCUCCUCUCUCCAUUUGUGUGUUGUCCUCUCCCCACAUAUAUCGUUGUGAGCAAGCAGUGGUUAAUAAAGAUUUGGGGUUCAGUGAA